CUCCAGAAACAAAAAGAAUGCAAGAAAUCCAUAAAAUUUGAGGUCACAAGAUUUUGCACAAAGAAAAAAAAAAUCACAGGAAAAAGAAGGGCAGAAGAGUAGAAAGCUUCCAUGGCAGCCUCCGCUGCAACCUCACAGCUCCUCUUCUCGAGCCCCCGCUCCGUUUCUCGCCGUUCUCUUCACCACCUCUGCGUUCUGGGCGAAAAGACUCAAUUUUUAUGCCCCAAGAACCGAGCCCACAGUAAAGUGAGGAGGCAAGCAGGGAAUAAUGGAGGGGUGAGAUGCAUGGCAGUGGAGACAGAGGCUCAGACAAAGACGAAGAAGAGUGGGUAUGCGCUUCAGACCUUGACUAGCUGGCUAUUACAGCAAGAACAAGCUGGGGUUAUAGAUGCAGAGCUUACCAUAGUGUUAUCAAGCAUUUCCAUGGCUUGUAAGCAGAUUGCUAGCUUGGUACAAAGGGCUGGCAUUUCUAACCUUACUGGUGUUCAGGGUGCUGUUAAUGUUCAAGGAGAGGACCAAAAGAAGCUCGAUGUUGUCUCCAAUGAGGUGUUCUCUAAUUGUUUGAGGUCAAGUGGAAGGACAGGGAUCAUAGCAUCAGAGGAAGAGGAUGUGCCUGUGGCAGUGGAGGAGAGUUACUCUGGGAAUUACAUUGUGGUAUUUGACCCCCUUGAUGGAUCAUCAAACAUUGAUGCUGCUGUGUCUACUGGCUCGAUCUUUGGCAUUUACAGCCCGAAUGAUGAGUGCCUGGCGGAUAUUGGCGAUGAUGCUGAGCUUGACACAGGGGUACAGAAAUGUGUAGUGAGUGUGUGCCAGCCAGGGGAUAACCUCCUAGCAGCAGGCUAUUGCAUGUACUCGAGCUCUGUGAUCUUCGUUCUCACCUUGGGAAAAGGCGUUUUCGCCUUCACCUUGGACCCUAUGUAUGGCGAAUUCGUUCUCACCCAAGAAAACAUUCAGAUCCCAAAGGCGGGGAAGAUAUACGCGUUUAAUGAAGGCAACUACCAGCUCUGGGAUGAUAAGUUGAAGAAGUACAUUGAUGACCUUAAGGACCCUGGCCCUAGUGGCAAGCCUUAUUCUGCUAGGUACAUUGGCAGUUUGGUGGGAGACUUCCAUAGAACUCUUUUGUAUGGAGGCAUUUAUGGGUACCCAAGAGACAAGAAGAGCAAGAAUGGGAAGCUAAGGCUUCUGUACGAGUGCGCCCCGAUGAGCUUCAUCGUGGAGCAAGCCGGUGGAAAAGGAUCGGAUGGCCAUAAAAGAAUUCUUGAUAUCACACCAGUUGAGAUACACCAGCGAGUUCCUCUAUACAUUGGAAGUGUGGAGGAAGUUGACAAGUUGGAGAAGUACCUAGCUUAAUCCAAGAAUGAAAUGCAGAGAUGAGUACAUUGAAGCCAUGGUGUUGUUUUGGACCACUCUCAGAUGUAUAUCAGAAUCUACAACUUAAAAUAAUGCAUUGUAAACACUUGAAAAUAAAAUAUUCUUUUGAUCUUUUCUGAGUCAGGCAAAA